AUGAUGUUAGCUGAAGGAAAUCAGAGUGCCAGAGCCACAUUCAUCCUCUUGGGCUUCUCUGAGUACCCUGAGCUCCAGGGGCCCCUCUUCCUGGUAUUUCUGACCAUCUACACAGUGACUGUGUUGGGGAAUUUGGGCAUGAUCAUGAUUAUCAAGAUCAAUUCCAAACUCCACACACCCAUGUACUUUUUUCUCAGCCACUUGUCCUUUGUGGAUUUCUGUUUUUCCACUGUAGUUACACCUAAACUCUUGGAGAACUUGGUUGUGGAAGACAGAACCAUCUCCUUCACUGGGUGCUUCAUGCAGUUCUUCUUGGCUUGUACAUUUGCAGUGACAGAAACAUUCAUGCUGGCAGUGAUGGCCUAUGACCGAUUUGUGGCUGUUUGUAACCCGCUGCUGUACACAGUCAUCAUGUCCCCAAAGCUCUGUGCAUCCUUAGUGGCUGGACCCUACACAUGGAGUAUACUCUCUUCCCUGAUACUGACAUAUUUCCUCUUAGAAUUAUCUUUCCGUGGGUCUAACAUCAUAAACAAUUUUGUCUGUGAGUACUCUGCCAUUGUCUCAGCCGCCUGCUCUGAACCCUAUAUCAGCCAAAUGCUUUGUUUUGUCAUUGCCAUAUUUGAUGAAGUGAGUAGUCUUGGGAUCAUCUUCACUUCUUAUAUUUUCAUUUUUGUCAUUGUCAUAAGAAUGCCUUCUGUGGGUGGGUGGCAGAAAGCUUUCUCCACCUGUGCCUCCCACCUGAUGGCCAUCACUAUUUUCCAUGGGACUGUGUUAUUCCUCUAUUGUCUACCCAAUUCCAAAAACUCAGGGCUCAUUGUCAAAGUAGGCUCUGUGUUUUAUUCAGUGGUGAUCCCCAUGCUGAACCCUUUGAUCUACAGCCUCAGGAACAAAGAUGUGAAAGAGACCAUCAGGAAAUUAAUGAAUCAACCAAUAAAAGUUUGUUGA